AUGCGAGCUUUUCGGAUACAAGUGGUUGGAGAGAUGGAAAUGCGGGAGAUACGACAUCUUCAGUAUACGGCUUGGCCGGAUCACGGCGUUCCCGAUCAUCCCACUCCGUUCCUUAUUUUCCUGAAACUGCCGGGAAUUGGCCGGACAGGAGCAUUUAUCGUGGUGGAUUGCAUGCUUGAAAGGCUCCGUUACGAGAACACUGUCGACAUAUUUGGUUGUGUAACAUCGCUUCGAAGUCAGCGAUCGUACAUGGUGCAGACUGAAGAUCAGUACAUCUUCAUUCAUGACGCUGUACUCGACGCAGUGAACAGCGGCUCGACCGAGGUACCGGCUGUAAAAUUGAGGCAGCAUGUAAUGGCUUUGCAACAGAUGGCUCCCAUGGAAGGAGCGGCAGGCAUGGAACUCGAAUUUAGG